GUGGUGAAAACUCAUGGAGAUUGUCGGGAAGGACCUCGGUGAAACCCUUCGGUUCUCAUUGGCUCACGUUGAUCAUCUAGUUGGCAUCCUUGCAGAGAGCAUUCUUAUGUCAUUCGUCCUUUCAAUGUUCUGGACAUGUUCGUGAACAUUCAUUUAUAUCGUCCUAUCUCUUAGAUUUCACCACCGCGCCGAUAUAUUUUGACGGAGGGCUAUUUCAACAGAGGGGCGAGUUAUGUCUCGAAAUCAUGGCAUGCCCAAUAUUUGGCCCGGGUAUGAUCCAAAUGCAUAUCCUCCGCAGGACAAUUCGCCUCAAUACGGCAGGAACGGUAUGAUGAUGCAGAAUGGUGCAAACAUGCAACAAUACCAGAUGGGAGGAGACAUGCAACAGGGCCAAACAUCAUAUUGGAAUCACAAUGCUCGACUUCAAUAUGACAUGCCCGCGACUGGAUAUGCGCCCGACAAUUUCCAUACGGCUCCAUCCACCGCGUCGCAGUAUUAUCAACCUCAACCUCAACCUCAACCUCAAUCUCAACCUCAAGUUCAGGUUCAGGUUCAAAUCCCACAACCCAUCCAGCAACAAUAUCCUAUCAGUCAACGCGCUCCACAACAUCGCAUACAGCCUCCUUCAAACAUGCCAAUGGAGCAAAUAAAUCCUCAAAUGGCCCAUACGAAACCCCCGAUGGAACUUGAUUAUCCUCUACUCUUGAUAUCGCUGGCAGAGGAGUAUUUCGGUGCAGCGCAUGAACUUGCACCAGCAGUUGCGAUCGCCAUGACGGAAGAAAAUGUUCACGAAUAUCACAAACUGAUUACUAUGGGCUUGGAAUGUUUGACGAUUGCUUUGAAGCAAUUGAAAUUGUCUGCAAGAUUGGAAGCUAGAGUUCGAUUACGGAUCGCCGGCAUUAUAUACGAAGAGACAAACAACUAUGCAGAGGCAGAGACCAUGCUUAGUCAAGGCAUAAUCCUUUGCGAAAGAAAUCACUACUACGACCUCAAAUACGUAAUGCAGUUCUUAUUCGCUCGAUUGAUGUUUGAGAAAAAUCCGAAAGCAGCAAUGAAGACACUUGACAGCCACAUCUCUGAUGCGCAAGCCUAUCAACACAAUUCCUGGGUCUAUGUAUUCCGAUUUCUAAGAGCAUCACAUGCUUUACAAUUAAGGACUCCAACAGAUAACCAUGCGGCUAUUCAAAGUAUUCGAGGCAUUUCAAUCCUUGCAAAUCAACAGGGAGAUCGUUCUGUAUACAUUGUUGCAUCCCUUAUGGAAGCUCUUGCCCACUUGAAGUCCGCCGGAGUAGAUGGAAUUGAGCAUGUUCAACGAGCUAUUGCUGCGGCACGAACCUAUCAGCUUGACAACAAAAGCAGCAUACCUCAACUCAUUGGUCUUACUCAUAUUCUUGACGUUAUUUGUAGCAUACUCCGUGGAGAUCCAGCUCAGAUGCUAAGUACUUUGAGGGCAAUGCAGAUGGUUAUGGACGAUUUAUUAAAAAACACGGCAUGGAGCAUCGAAAAUGAUACCCUUACCAUACCUAUAGACGGCGUUCACAAAGUCAAAAAUCUCAUCAGUCAAGAUACCCGAAAUGUUUUGAGUACAAGGGAAGAUGGACGAGGCCAGAUGGUCAUGUCAUUUUUGAAUAAGAGAGAUGCAUAUGCCUUGACUUAUCUGCUAUCAGGAAUAGUUUUAAUGCACAAAAAUCCCCUCGAUCAAAAAGCUGUGAGAUUCCUCAAAGAGGGACUAGGCAGAAUUAUAGGAGAUGAAUCUCGAGCAUCCAAAGCAUCCCCGGGUCUAUUGUCCGAGAUCGUCGCCAAACAACAAUGGCGUGGUCACAUUCUAUGUUAUUUACACAUAUACAUGGCAUUCUGUUGCGCUGCUGUGGGAAAUUGGUCACAAGUAAAACAGUCUAUGACUUGUAUAACAGCCGCUGCAGAAAAAUUUGAAAUUCCUUUGUCAGGGCGACUAGGGACUCUCGCCUUUUAUCUCGAAGGGGUCUAUUUCCAGGGAACUGGCGAUUUGAAGGCUGCUUUGAAAGUCUUCCAGCAUGAGACAUUUCAAUUAUACGAUCUGUCCUCUGAAGAUCAGGUUGAGCGUGAUGUUGCAAUUCUCGCUGCUCUCAACGUUCUCUUGAUUUUACAAGAUGAAAUUUGGCAAGAUCCCGUUGAGAAUGUCACGCUUAUUUCGAAACUUGAGCCAUAUUGCGUCAAUCAUCCUACCAAAGAUAUCCAGACAGCAUUUUCAAUACUUAGGGCGACUGUUAAGACCGGAAAUUCCGCUAUGAUUCACGAAACCAAAAAUCAUCUGUCUGCAGCUUUAGCUAAGGCAAAGGCUUCGCACAACACGCAAUUCUUAUGCCUCGUCCUUAACAUUAUGUGCAGUAAAUUCUUCAAUAACUGUCUAGGGGAUCAAGCAGAAAAAAGUGCCUUGGCUGCACUAAAGCAGGCUAACCAUAGCAAGAACAAGUUGUGGGUUUCUGUUGCUGAAGGGUUAUUGGCGCAAUUCUAUGACAUAUCUGGAAAGAGGCAUGAGGCUCAGGCGACCUUCGAAGAAGCUUGUGCUGUAGCACACGAAGCUUUACCAGGACAUUAAUUGCUUCGAAUAUUGCAUUAUUUUUGGUGGAUAAGGUGUUAGGGAAAAGGUAUAGGGACGUGCUAUAGAGAGAACAAUGGGCGAUUUGAUUAAUGUUUUUGCAUGGCUGGCAUUGGUGGGCGUUUGGCUUGAGAUAACUGGAUGCUCUCUACGCAUAUACCCAUUUGCUUGAUUUUGUUACGAUUGGCGCUGAGAUGGUGUUCAUAAUAAAUGUGCGGAUAUUGUGGCUAUGGAUGGGUACAAUGAUAAUGGAAAUGUACUGUAAUCACUUUGACUUGUUCUAGUGCUCUUGAUCUCUAUCAAAUAUACUGUGCUAUAUGCCAUACAUGCGAUCCAAUCACAAUGGGAAAAUGCUCCA